CUAUGAGGUACUAACCAUGUCAUAAAAAUCAUUGGUUGACCCGUAAUUAGCAAUAACUAGAUGCAAUGGUUCGUUUGCUGCAGCAAAAGAGGUGUUUUCCAGUCACUCAAAGAGCUGGUUGCAGAGGGCUCAGUAGAAGAAGAGAAAGUGAAUUCAUUCAACAUUCCUGGAUACUGUCCAUCUCCUGAAGAAGUGAUGUAUGUAGUUGAGAAGGAAGGAUCUUUCACCAUUAAUUGCUUGGAAACUUCAGAACUCCAUUUAGAUGCUUCUGGUGAAAGUAUGGCCCAAUGUAUGAGAGCUGUUGCUGAACCUUUACUUGUCAGUCAUUUUGGUGAUGGUAAUGGUUUGAUGGAUGAUGUGUUCCACAAGUAUAGAGAGAUCUAUGUUAACUGCAUGACAAAAGAAGAUGCUAUGGUCACAAGUGUCAUUGUCUGCUUGACCAAAAUAAAUUAGGCAAUCAUCCUUGCCUUAUAUGUGAAUAAAAGCUUAUCCGCAUCGGAUAUUUAGAUCGAAUCAAUAUAUGCAUGACGUGUGUUUGAUUAUAGAGUUAUUUUACUCAACAAUAAUUAAGUAACAUGUACUUUUACUCCAUUAAAUCACUUAGCCAUGAUAAGUUAUAUUAAUUAGUGUACUAAUGUUACUGGGCCUCGUUGAUCUUGUUCGAGGCAUGUGGAGUUUUCAGUAAAAGUGAGCCGUCCUCAAUUUAUUUGUGGAGCAGCUUCUAUCCUUCCUAUGCAAUAUCUUUCUUUUCAGAUUAUGUAUCUCAAACUAUGUAUUUAAUUUGAUCUAUCUCAAAUGCUACUUGAUGGAUGUAUUUGA